UCCCUUGUUUUGCAGCCGCGGGCUGGAAGAGAGAAGCGCUUCGGCUCCGAGGAGAGGCAUCCCCGCAUCUCCCCCCCCCCGCCCUUCUCGGCUCUCCCGGGGCCAAGGGGUGCCCCCCCCCCCCCGGUUUGGACGGGACCGCUCCAUCACCCCGAACCCCCCCCCUCCCCAAACCAUGGCAGCUCUCCCCGGGACGGUGCCUCGGAUGAUGCGCCCGGCUCCGGGGCAAAACUACCCUCGCACAGGCUUCCCCUUGGAAGUUUCCACCCCGCUGGGCCAGGGCAGGGUGAACCAGCUCGGAGGGGUGUUCAUCAACGGCCGACCCCUUCCCAACCACAUCCGUCAUAAAAUCGUGGAGAUGGCUCACCACGGGAUCCGGCCCUGCGUGAUCUCCCGGCAGUUGCGGGUCUCCCACGGUUGCGUCUCCAAAAUCCUCUGCAGGUACCAGGAGACGGGCUCCAUCCGUCCCGGAGCCAUCGGAGGCAGCAAGCCCAGGCAGGUUGCAACUCCCGAUGUGGAGAAGAAAAUCGAGGAAUACAAACGGGAAAACCCCGGGAUGUUUAGCUGGGAGAUCCGAGACAGGCUCCUGAAGGAUGGGCACUGCGACCGGAGCACCGUGCCCUCAGGUUUAGUGAGUUCGAUUAGCCGUGUGCUACGCAUCAAAUUCGGGAAGAAAGAGGAAGAGGAUGACUGCGACAAGAAGGAGGAAGAUGGCGAGAAGAAGGCCAAGCACAGCAUAGACGGCAUCCUGGGCGACAAAGGUAACAGGCUGGAUGAAGGCUCUGACGUCGAAUCCGAACCAGACCUGCCUUUGAAGCGCAAGCAACGCCGCAGUCGAACCACGUUCACCGCUGAGCAGCUGGAGGAGCUGGAGAAGGCCUUUGAGAGAACCCACUACCCAGACAUCUACACACGAGAGGAGCUAGCUCAGAGAACCAAGCUCACCGAGGCCCGAGUUCAGGUGUGGUUCAGCAAUAGAAGAGCACGAUGGCGCAAACAGGCGGGAGCGAACCAACUUGCGGCUUUCAAUCACCUGCUGCCAGGGGGCUUCCCACCGACAGGAAUGCCAACUCUCCCCCCAUACCAGCUGCCAGACUCCACCUACCCAACCACCACCAUCUCCCAAGAUGGGGGAAGCACUGUACACAGACCCCAGCCCCUGCCGCCAUCCACCAUGCACCAGGGAGGGCUCGCUGCAGCCGCCGCUGCUGACACUGGCUCUGCCUACGGGGCCCGACACAGCUUCUCCAGCUACUCGGACAGUUUCAUGAAUGCUGCAGCUCCUGCCAACCACAUGAAUCCUGUUAGCAAUGGCCUCUCUCCACAGGUGAUGAGCAUCCUGAGCAACCCCAGCGGGGUUCCUCCGCAACCCCAGGCUGACUUCUCCAUCUCUCCCCUUCACGGUGGCUUGGACACGACCAACUCCAUCUCUGCCAGCUGCAGCCAGCGAAGCGACUCCAUCAAGUCUGUGGACAGCCUCCCGACUUCCCAGUCCUACUGUCCUCCCACCUACAGCACCACCAGUUACAGUGUGGACCCAGUGGCUGGCUACCAAUAUGGACAGUACGGACAAACUGCUGUUGAUUACUUGGCCAAGAACGUGAGUCUGUCUACACAGCGUAGGAUGAAGCUGGGAGAACAUUCAGCCGUACUGGGCCUCCUACCAGUAGAGACAGGCCAAGCUUACUGAAGAGUCCGACUGUGCCAACAACCCACUCCAGCAACUUGGUACCACUGGAGAAAACACCACCAGCCUUCCAGGGAUCUACCUGUACCCGGACCCUACUCCUUCCCAAUUCCCUUCCACCUCGCACCAACCUGAGCUGUGAAGGAGACGGGAAAGAGGGGGAGGGCUGUCCAAGUAUCCAGCUCCUCCCAGAGCACUCUUCUCAGAGGAGAGCCUGGCCUCUGUGACCUGACUCCUCCUGUGGCCAGAGACAAUGGGUUGGGUACAUUUAUUAACCCUGAGUUCAUGCCCUCCCUCUAACCUACCUGGCCAUGGCAUUUUGCCCACACUUAAGGACUUUCCAUUGAUCUAGGUAGUUGGCAUAGUCAAAGCCAAAUUGAUCUUUUUUCCAUUGUAAAAAGAAAAAGAAAUGUUUCGUUUUGUUUCCUUUUCUUUCCAUUGCUGUAAAUUUGGUGAAUGUUGCAUAGGAACGAAUAACCAAGCCGAUCAUUAAGGGUGAUGUAAUUCGGGACCACAGAAGACCUAUGGACCAAAUACAAGAACUUGUUUAACAAAAAAAAAACAAAACACAAAGACAAACAAAACCAGAAAAACAUAUAUUAAAGUGACAGCAAAUUUCCCCCCCCGCCUCUACCCUUCCGUUCCCACUGAUAGCUUCCCAAAGCAGGGCCAAAGCAGGCCAGAUUGCUGCUAAGCAGGGGCAGGAUGUAAGUCCGUCCAGCCUGGGACCUUUGGAAAGUGUAAAUGUAAAUUGCUGCACGAGGACUGGAGAUUACGGGCACAGGCACAAGCAACAUUUACGUUUCCUCUUAGGGACCAAUUUAGACCUGAUUAUCACUGAAAAGACACGGGCAUCAAAUAGCAGCAGGAGAUGUGACAGCGAAGGCUGGCCUUGCGUGCACAGAGGAAGGGCAUCAGAUACACCUGACCAUGUUGGAGCUUUUGCCCAUCCAGUGGAGAAGGGUGAGGACUGUCAGUGGUCCUUCUUUCAUUCGGUGGGAGAGAAGCUGGCCAUGAGAGCAAAGACAAGAGAGGGAAGAGUCAGAGGUGUUCAUUAGCUGCCUGCUUGGAGGGGUCAGUAUGCAAAGCCAGGGUCUUCUAUGAGUAAAGGGCCACCUGAAAGAAAACGGUGCCUGUUCUGAAGGCACGUUCCCGCAGCUGCCUCUCGCUGAGGGAUGGGUGUGGCUGUGGAGUCGGAGGGGAGAUGACCUGAAGAGUCUUUCUAACAGCAGCUAGGAAGGAAAGGUGCUCUCAGCUGCAGCAUUGCACCUAUUUGUAUAGCAGGAAAAGAUUUACCUUGCCAACGGCAUUUUUUAUCCUCUAGCUGCCAGGGGAAGUGCUUGCUCCUGCCCAUCCUCCUGGCUCUUCCCCCACCCCUCUCAUUUCAUGUACUAUUCUCUACAAGUCAAUCUCUCAGUCCCUUCCCUCAGCUUUUCAUUUUGGUGGUGGAGCCUCUUUCUCUGUAAGCCAGAUCUUGGAUUUAGCACCCCACUUUUCUGGAGCAGCCAGUGCUCUCGCUUUUUAUCGGCUCACAGUUCUGCUCAUCACACUGCUCAGACAAAAGCAGCCAACAAUAAGAGGUUAUUGCUAAGUCGUGACCCACAUGGGGUUUUUCAAUAGUUUCCCUUUUGCAUGCGGUGAUGAUCCUUGAUGAUUCUUAAGCAGAUGUCUAAUAUUAUAGACUUUUUCUCUGUCACCUUCCUGUGUUGAGAGGGCUCGCUUCAAGAAUGCGCUGAAAUUUGACCUGGAGAGGGCAAGAAAAGCUGCCCCUGAGAUAACCGCCGUGAGGCACAGAAUCCGUGCCAGCCAGUAGCUGAUGUGUAAAGUCCAAUGGCAAGAGGCAAUACUUAAAACCACCUACAGACUGUUAGGAUUUAUAAUACACUUACUAUUUUAUAUGUCUGCUUUAGGAUAACCAAUGUCUGCUAUUGUCCACUGGCGAUAACAGGGGACCAUGGGGUCGGAUGAGUUCUGGUCUGGCAUAUGCUCCUAGGUUGUUAAAGGAGAUACUUCCCUUGUGCUCUCUUCUGUUGCUGCUCCUUCUUCCAUUCUUCUCAAAUAAUCUGAUAUUGGUUUUGCCGCUUAAAAAACAUUUUUCCAGGGAACUAUCCCCUGCCUUGCCCCAACAUCAUGAACCACGAAACCACUUUUUCUCUUGAGCCAUAUGGACAAGCACCUGUUCUGACCAAGGCAGAGCUGUGCUUCUUACAUUGCUCAGCAUCCUAUCAGAGCCACAUACGGCUUCCAUCAGCUUUGCUUUACAGCUGUGGCAGACCCUGCUCUACAUUCCUAAAAGCACAUCAUUACACCAGCUUGGCCACUCUGCCUCUCACACACUCUCAUGCAUGUUUCUGUGCGGGGUGACAUCUCCAUCCAGAUCAUUCGUGCUCCAGAGGUCCCAGCUCGGCCACUGCUUGCCCAGCUAUAUCACACAUAAAGCUUUCCUCUAGUUGUGAAAGACCUUCCUUGGAUCACAAAGCUUUAGAAGCACUCGAAGCUUGCAUUCUUUGCUUCCUUUCUCAGGGCAAUAUGUAGCACCUAUAGCCGGACGAAUAGGUGAGGCCAGAGGCACCGAUUUCCUUGAGGUGACUGGAUGGCCAAAACGCCUUGGGCCAGGGGCAUUAUCUGAAGCGCUCUCCCUGCUCUGCACCAGUUUGAGAUCUUGGAAAGCAACAAAAGAUGCUGGUUUGUGCUGUUUAUGCUUUAGAGCUGAUCUAAGGAAGGAAUCCCUUUUGAAUUCCAGUCCUGGCUUAAAUGUCAUUCCCAACAACAGUAACCUUCAGCCACGCCUGAACUGGGGGACCGAGGGUGAGAGCAAGGGUGUCUCUGUGACAGGCACCGGCGUGGGGAUUAAUGACUGAAGCGCCUGUUUUGAAUUUGCUUCUCUGUCUCUAUCAUUCUGCCAAAACAACAGAGCACACGGUUUUCUUGUGUGCCACAUUUCAUAGGAUUUAAGAGGCCAAAUGCUGAUAAUCACCCCACCUGGGAGCACCUUCAACUCUACAGCCUCCUUGCCACUGGAAGGGGGAGUUUGUAGGUGGUGAUUGUUGGCCCCGUAUCUGCCCCCAACAGUUGCAAUCCCUUGUUCUUCAUACCCAAAUGUCUGACCAAAUGCAUUCCUAGCUGCCUGCUAAACUAGAAGGAAAGUUUCAGUUUGCCAUGAGAAUCGCUUGUCCGCUGCUCCUGCUCACAAAGACCUGUCAGCUCUCUUCUCCCUGCCGUUGUCUCUUCUCCCGUGCGUGCGUGCGUACACGUCUCCCGAGCACCCGUCAACAGCCGACAGCCGGUCCUCGCUGCGAGUGUGUUGGCAAGGAGGACUUCAGCUGAGUGCAGGACCCCGAAAGUAAAAAGUACAGAAAAAGAGGGAGCACUGUAGAAACCUAUUUGCCAAUUACCUUCACCAGAAAGUCCGUGAACACCCGGGCACUGCUGUAAAUAGAGUUCUUAGAGGAAUAUGACAAACGCCCCGUGCUAGCGCAAAUAGCUGUUCUCUGACCUUUCCCUCGUGGUCGCACUUUGUACAUUAGUUGGAAAUUUGGUCAUGUGCUGUAUGUUUAUAGAAAGUUGACAUUUUUUUAUACUAAAAACACAGUGAGUGCCGUGCUAGUUAAAAAACAAAGGGGGGGUGGGCGGGGAGGGGGGAUGAACUGUAGAAAUUUGCCUAUCGUGUGUUUUCAAAAUACAUUCCAGAAUCUUUGGGGUGGGAUGGGUUUGAUUUGGGGAAUUUUUUUUUUUUGUUUCUUUGUUUUGUUUUAAGGUACGUUCAUGUAUGAAAGUCCAAGUAUUUUGUUUUGUUUUGUUUUGUUUUAUGGAUUGCCAGCCUCAGUUCUGCUGAAAAGAGACAAACUCAGGGGAUGGGGUGGGCCGGGGAGGGGGGACAGGACAGGGGGAGGUGCCUUGAAGGUGAAACAAGACCGAGCAUGGAAGAGUAGCAAUCGGCAGCAGACAAGUGUUGGCCAGCGGGACCCUGGAGAACGUGGGGUCGCAGUCGCUCGAGCCAGACCAAACAGGGACUGAGCAGAUACUCAACUACCGGUGACUCUGAGCGUGCCUGGGAAUCCAAAAAGCGUUCUGCACCUCAUCCAAACACAGCACCAAGCGAAGGGACACCCCCCGGAGACGUUCUCUCAGGUCAACGUUUCUUCCAUGCCUGCAGGCGAGAACUGACAUCCCAGGGGAAAGGCAAAACGCCGAGUGGAUUUCUUUUACCUCCCCACGCCCCCCCCCCCCGCGCCCCUGCCGUCACCUCUCAGCGCCGUCCUGAGACCGCAAAUGGACAUUUCCUCACUGUGUCCAGUAACUCAGCAGAUUGGCUCCUGUCGCUCAGAGACUUUGUGUAUUUAAUGCUUCUAACCCGUCAUCCCUAACACCUCCAUAUACCCACCUGGGGAAUAUCUACAUAGCACUAUAGGACAUUCCUUAUUCCUAGUAACUGCGGAUAUGUUGCUUCUGUGUUUGACUCAUAGCCAUCUUGCUCCAUGUGUAUGCCUGCGUGUGAGUAUGUGUGCGUGCGCCUGUGUGCCUGCGUGCGUGCGUGUGUAUAUAUAUAAUCGCACCAUAAUUUAUUCAGCUAUAUGGAGUAGUAUAGUAGAAAGAGAAACUGGUAUUUGCUUUAACUACCUGCUGCCUGUAGGUGUCUCUCUGUAACUCAGGCAUAACUGUUAUACAUUAAAAAAAAAAAAAAAAGGAUUAAAAGUGUCUUUGGGUGGCUUGUUUGCUUAACUCGCUCUGCAGCGUGCCAGGCACAAGGGGGAAAGCUGGUAAAUCGAAAAUAGUCACACACACAUACGAACUGCAGAUGUUUUUGCUAAAAAGCAAAACCGUGGGCUUCAUUCGCUAACGAAAACGCGGAAAAGCUACGUAAAUAAAUAAAACAUUU